AAAAAAGCCUUAAAUCAGGGCGGCAACGGGUUUCGGCUUUAAAUGUUUGGCCAAAGAGACAAAAAUUCAAUAGAGAAUUCGGGUUCGGAUCCACCCCAAUAGGAAGUCCAUACCCGUCCCCAUCUCUCUUCCCUCCUCUCCGCACCCCCUACCCUCACUUUCUCGCAAAAGAAAGUGCAAGAAAAUUUUUCAACACCCUGUUGUUUAUGCAGUUAAAACCCCUCUACCAAAUAUUUCCCUCUAUCCCGCCUAAUCCUCUUAACUCCUAUUUGUCUCUCUCUCUCUCUCUCUCUAAAAAUUCUCUCUCUAUCUCUCUUUCUUUCUCCCCUUUAUCAAUUCCUUUUCCUGGCAAAUUCUCUUCUGUCUGUCUAGGGCUUAGACCUGAGACCUUCCCUUUGCUCCCUAUGUUUCUCGCAUCUUAAUUAUCGAAUCUUCGAUCCGAAUACCCUAGGAUUCUGGUUCUCCCAGAAUUUCCAAUUCCCAUUCGAUGAUGGAGGAAGAGAAAGGGAGCGGUGAUUCGUUAAGGGCUUCGUCGUCGUUUCUCAAAGCGGGUGACCGGCAAAUGUUCACGGUGGAGUUACGUCCCGGAGAGACUACUAUAGUUUCGUGGAAGAAGCUCAUGAAGGACGCUAACAAAGUCAAUGGGCCUUCUACUUCCGCGCCUGAGCCUCCCGCCAAUGCUCACCCACGUCUCGAGUCUCGUAUAGCUCCGGUGCAACCGGAUGGUGAUGAAGUUAAAGAUGGGCCUGCAACAAAUCGCUUUAGUGCGGUUAUUGAGAAGAUUGAACGCCUUUAUAUGGGUAAGGACAGUAGCGAUGAUGAAGAUCUAAAUGAUAUUCCUGAUGAUGAUCAGUAUGAUACAGAAGACUCUUUUAUUGAUGAUGCUGAGUUGGAUGAAUAUUUUCAAGUUGAUAAUUCAGCAAUAAAACAUGAUGGGUUUUUCGUGAACAGGGGAAAACUGGAACGCAUAAGUGAGCCUGCUGCAUUGCCGAACCAGCAACCAAAGAAAAGGAGAAGGAAAGAUUUAGCAAAGGGUAAUGGUGAAAAUGAUGAUGGUCACUUGCCAAAUAAUAAACAUGCAAAAUUAAGUAAGAUGGCAGCUGCAAAGGUUACAUCAAAUCUCACAAAAAGCUCUUCUACGCCCUCUCAACCUGUGGCUGUAGCUGGUGAACACUUUGAAGAUGUGAAACUUCAGAAUCAGUUUAACGCUUCUGAUGGUUCUAAAAAGAAAUCAUCUGAUUCUAAAACAAUGUUGGAUCCUACAUUUCUGAAAGUUUCAAAUGGAGAUGCAUCUGUACCACUACCAGAGGGGAAGGAUUUUGAUAAGCAGAAGACUGGAGUCCUCCUAUCUAAGGAUUCAAGUAGUAAACUUAAAGAUGUUGGUGCUGAUGGUUCACACCUGAAAUAUCAUGAAAAAAGUGCUUAUUCACAAUCCAGACCCCAAUCUGGAAGACCACUGGGUAAUGUUGAUGAGCUGGAUUCAUCAGUUCGGGCCAGAGAAAAAAAUGGGAUUCGUGAACCGUUGGACCUUAACACUUUUGAGGGGAAAUAUUCCAUUCCAACAAUGAAAACUCAUGUGCACAAAAGGGAUGGUUCUAGUGUAAGGCCAAAAAGCUCAAUGCUUGAGAAGGCUAUUAGGGAGUUGGAGAAGAUGGUUGCAGAAUCAAGGCCACCUGCUGUGGAGAAUCAAGAGGGUGAUAUUUCAUCACAGGCAAUUAAAAGAAGAUUGCCUAGAGAAAUAAAGAUGAAACUUGCUAAAGUUGCCAGACUAGCGCAGGCUAGCCAUGGGAAAGUAUCCAAAGAGUUAAUUAACCGACUUAUGAGUAUUUUGGGUCAUUUAAUACAGCUGAGAACAUUGAAGAGAAACUUAAAAGUCAUGAUUAGUAUGGGUCUGUCAGCAAAACAGGAGAAAGACGACAGGUUUCAACAUAUAAAGAAGGAAGUUGUAGAGAUGAUUAAAUUGAGGACCCCCUUAUUGGAGUCCAAGGCAUUGGAGCAACAAGCUGGAGCAUCAGAUGAUUUCCAAGAAGUUUCUGCUGAAGAUAAAGAAACCUCUAAAAAAAAGUUUAGUAUGGAUGCAGCGUUGGAGGACAAGAUCUGUGAUCUCUAUGAUCUUUACGUUGAUGGACUGGAUGAAGAUGCUGGUCCACAAAUCAGAAAGCUGUACGCAGAGCUUGCGGGUUUGUGGCCACAUGGUUUUAUGGACAACCAUGGGAUCAAACGUGCAAUUUGCAGGGCAAAAGAGAGGCGAAGAACAUUAUAUAACAGAAAUAAGGAAAAAAUUAGGAGGAAAAAGGUGUUGCCUCCGACAACAGAGGACACUGUUAGAGUUACAGCUAAUUCAAUUAUUCAGCCACAAUAUACAGGAGAAAGGUUAGCCACAGAAUCAGGCACUCAUAGUUCAGCAAACAAGCCGGUUUCAAGUGCAGGUGCAGCGGUUCGGAUGCCCAGUCCAAUAAAUGCUCCUAGUUUUGACAGACUAAAACAAGAGAAAUUAAAAGGAAGUUCAAGCAAUCCCAUGGAUCAUGUAAGAGUGGGAGAUGGCACCUUACCGAAGAAGAAGGUGAAGAGGAAGCCAGAAGUAGAAUCGGAUGAAACUCGUGUUCGAGCGGAGAAGUUACCUCCUCAACAAGGAGAAGAGAGACAGAAGUCAUUGAAGCAGGCUGCAAGUAUUCCUCAUAAAUCAAAUCUUCAAUCCAAUGUUCUUCCAAGUGUUGAACAGUCGAGCUGACAUGAGAUAAACCUAGUUAGGAAGUUUUUGGAUUAUAAAAAUGUUUGUGUAACGACGUCUUCAGAUUUUUUAUGUAAUUUUUUCUUUUUUUCUUUUUUCAUGGGUGGUCUUCAUUCAUUCUGACCUACUGAUUGUUACCAUUUUUGUAAUUACAUAUUGUUGCAUGGUGGCUUAUUAGAGAUUUAUCUUUAAAUAGAUAUGGCAGAAAGCUGUAAUUUUCUUCAAUUUACCAGAUCUUAAGAAUGUAAAGCUCUAUUUUCUUCUCCUCU